GGCAAUUAGAUUCAGAGUCCUUAUAAUUUAGUGAUGUUAAAAGUGCACGUUCAAUUGUUUUGAUUUUAAUUUUAAAAACAAAUAAUUUAAUCAUGACUUCUGCGGCAAUUAUUUACGGAGUAUUGCUUUCUAUAACGUGGUAUGAAUACCGAAAAAUAGGUAAUAAGUUUAUAAUAAGCCUACUAUGCCUAUAUAUUUUAAAAAUUAAAGUCUAUGACAUAGACUGUGAUCAUUUCAUACUAGUAUUUAGUGUUGUUCCUCUUGGCCUUGGGACGGAGCCUUUUGGUGGUGUAUGUGAAUGUGCCAGAAAGACCGGCCACUUUUUACGAGCUCGGUACUUGCAUUGCAAAAUAAUUUAUAAAAAAGAAACUAUUUACUUAAUAUAUAUAAAUAUAAAACUAUAUAUUAUUAAAAAAUAAUGUAGGAAAUUGAAUGAACUAAUAAUUUAGUUAAGUUACUUAUUAAUUAGUAACUAAAUUAGUUCAUUCAAUUUCCUACAACAUACUGAUACAAAAAUACAAUCUUUACAUUUAUGCAAAAUUAGCUACCCUGAUUUACUUGUAUCAAUUGUGUGAGGUUUCUGAUGGAUGAAGCCUGAAUAAGUCCUAACUGUGCCUAACACUUAUGAUUUUGGGAAACAAGGCCCAUGGAGGCCCAUCAGACACCCCUGGCAUAUGGUUCUUCUCCUUUUUAAAAGGCUUUUCCCCCCCCCCCCCCCCCCCCCCACCUCCCCACUACUUUCAGUUGUUACAGACACUCACUGUAACAUUUAUGACUUAGGGACCUACUCUUAAGCUGGGUGUUACUGAGAAAGUUGUCUGCACAUAUAUUGGUCUCUCUCACUCUCAUAAACAUUAGAGUGAUAUUUAGUGUAAAAAAAUAACUUUAUGUACUUAAAAGGGGUGCUUAUGCCUUAUUUAUAGGACCUAUUUUGUCCUAAAAUUCUGAGGGGUCAUCUCUGCCAAGUUGAGGACCCCUAAUACUAAACCAAGAGUUCGCAAAAUUAGCAUUACCCUCAUUUUGAUAGUCUUCAUUAAUUUCCUGGUUGUUUUCAUCAGUGUCAGAUUCACUGCUAGAAUAUCAAAACCACUAUGGAUAGUUUGAUCAGUGUCACUGUCAGACAUUUUGGAAUUUAACAAAUUUAACAAUAAUAUUUGCCACACAAAAAAAAAAAAAUUCCUGAACACAAUAAAAGCUAGUUAACUAUCAACACUGGCUGCCAUUUCAAUGCCGGGAUGUGCAGGAAUAUGUAAGAAGCCAUAUGAUUCGCAGGUAUGACGAUUAGUCAGCCAAUCUCAAGGCUUGAAUUAUCGGGCCGAAAGAUCAGACAUCCGUCUUUUUCGCUACUCCACCCUGGGUCGAUUCGGCCCAUUCGCCCUAAGAGGGUUAAUCAUGAUUCAUUUGAUUCUUAAUUCAUAAUUAAUGAAUGAUUGAAUCAAUGAGAAUAAUCAUUUCAUUAUUUAAUUUAUUUUAUUGAAUUUUAAUAGCAUGGUUGUUUGCCUACCACAGUCAUGAGUGAUAAUAAUUGAAUAGUCUACUAAAAUGCCUAAAAUUUCCUAUAUUUUAAUAACCCCAACUAUGCCUCUAUAGUUUCCAUGGCCAUUGACCAUAGUGUCCAUAGUGUAUAGGCUAUAAUAUAGACUAUAGUACUAUAGUCACAGUCAGGGCCUGGCCUUAAUUUUAAGGCUCAGGGCUAGGGCACUUAUGGACCAUCCAUAAAACUGAUGUCUUACGUCGGGGAGGGGGGGGUUUAAUAAACAUUAAAAGCGGACCAUUAAUUACAGUAGAAAAAUGCACUUAACUUUAACACUUCACUCAUUUAGUUAAUUACAGUCCUAAUUAAAAUUAUUGUUUUAUACAAAAAUUAUAAUUAUUUUAUUUUCAAAGUACGAUCACUGAGAGAAUCAGUACAGAGAUGUGAGAAGUCCGUGAAAUGGCGUCUGAUUAAUUUACAGGAUACUGGAAGAAUUGGGUUGUAUUGACUUUGACAGUUGUGAGAAUUUAUUUUGAAGUUGAGACGAGAAUUAUAGCAUUGGGGUUACCACAGGAAGUGAGAUGGAAAGAAAAAUGUUGUGGGGGAGGGGGGAGGAAUGAUUUUAGUAAGUGUACUAGGCUGGUGAUUCUUAAAAGUUUCACACUGAUUCAUCUCCUCCCAACUUCUAAACCUUUCCAACAACCCCCCCACCCCCUUAAAUUAAAAUUUUAAAAUUAUUGUCUUUUUAUUUGUUUCAUUAAAUUUCCAGAUUCAAAAAAAAAAUUACCAAUACAAGCAAUGCGCAAACAAAAUUUACCAGAAAAAACAUUUGCUGCUGCUAUUCAAAAUGCCAAAAAAAGUUAUUUUUAUCAUAAAUUUAAGGAUUUAAACCAGGACCUACUGUUGAAAUUGGGACUAGUUGUGUACAUAAGGUGGACAAAGGGGGAAAUCCAGUUUUGUUAAUGUUAUUAACAACACUAUAUAAAAGUUGUGUGGCUGCAAUUAGAUAUUUGGGAUAGAAAUACUAUUUAUUCUAUCAUUUUUCUUUCUUGAAUGUACUUUCUAAUAAAUGACUUUUUUCUUUUCGUUCAAAUCUCUAAAUAUCUUAGUAAUGUAAAUUUUAUUUUAGUCAUAUGACACCUCGUGCGGAAAUACUGAUCUUCCAUCGAGCGCCUCCCCAGGUGGCGGAUAGGGGAAAGCCCACCAGAUAUGGAGGGUGCCAGGGAAAUAAAAUACCUGGGGUGGACCAAAAUCAGAACCUACUGCCUUGUAGGAAGUGGAGGGAUCCACAAAGGCUAGGGAACCUUACCCAAAAACUAAGGCUGCUAUCCAGAGAGCUGUAAGGGGCAACCUCCCACACUGUUGUGCGCAGGGUUAACAACCCGGCCACGUAAAAAAUCAACGUUACGAAAGCCAAGCAACAGAACAAAACCCGGACUGAUAUCAAUGGAAAUCGACCUAUGCAUAAAUAUGGACAUGAUUUUUGGAUUGCGACUUGGAAUGUACUAAGCCUGUUUUAGAGCAGGAGCCUUAGCCAUCCUUGUAAAUCAACUGUUCAAAAAUAAAAUAUCUAUAGCUGCAUUCCAAGAAAUUUGAUGGAAAAAUUCAGACAUCCUCAAGACAAAAAAAUACACCAUAUUUUAUAGUGGUAGCAACACCAACACACUGGGAACAGGAUUUGCCGUGAAAAAGGAAGCGGUCAGUGCAGUCAUAGGCUUCUAACCAGAAAACGAAAGAUUGUGUUCUUUGCGUGUGCGAGGAAAAAUGUUCCAUAUAACAUUAAUAAAUUUACAUGCUCCAACGGAAGACACGGAAGAUCAGGAUAAAGAAUCCUUUUAUGAGACACUGGAAAAGAUCUACGAAGAGGCACCACCACAUGAUAUUAAAAUAGUGAUUGGAGACUUCAAUGCCGAAAUAGGAAGUCUGCAUGAAGAAUCCAAUGACAAUGGGAUCCGACUCAUAGACUUUGAUGUAGGAAAAGGGAUGUCAGUUAGCAGCACCAAGUUUACGCACAAAAAUAUACAUAAAGCUACUUGGAACUCACCAGAAGAAAUCACCGCAAUCAAAUCGAUCAUGUUUUAAUAGAUCGAAGACAUGGAUCAGAUAUAUUAGAUGUGAGAAGCCUUAGAGGACCAGAUGCGGACUCGGACCAUCUACUUGUAAGGGUGAAAUAUAGGCAGAAGAUAAGCUUAGUUCACAAUGGUCGUAAUCAAAGAGAGAAACAAUACGAUUACCAAAAGCUGCCCAAAGACCCAUUAACUGCAAAAGCUUACGAGAAUGAAGUAGAAGCACAAUUAGAAGCAUCGCACGAGGAAAUAAACAGGCAAAACAACAUAAAUGAUCAGUGCGAUAGGAUAAAAAAUGCCAUUAAAAGAUCAGCAGAAAAAGUAGUGGGAUUUCAGCAAGCCAACAAGAGUAGGCUGGUACGACAAUGAAUGCAGAGAGACUGUGGAAGAAAGAAACAAAGCAUGAAUGAUCAUGUUACAAAGGGAAACCAGAAAGACAACACAAACAUACAAGGAAGCCUGAAGGAAAGCAACAAAAAUGUGUAGGAAGAAAUAGAGGGAAUGGGAAAAGGAUAAACUAAAGGUAAUAGAAGAUUUAUCAAGAGAGGGAAAUAUAAGAGGAAUGUACAUGAAGAUAAAAGAUUAAAAGAAUGGAUACCAAGCCAGACCGCAAAUGUGUGAGAGCCACAAUGGAGAAUUAAUCACGGAAAAUAGUAAAGUUUUGGAGAUGUGGGCUGAAUAUUUUGAGGACAUACUGAAUGCAGACAAUAGACAAGAAGAAGAUUAUCAAACCCCACAGGGAGGACCAGACCCAUUUAUACAAUGCCCAACCCUAGAAGAAACCAAAGAGGUAAUUAAUUACAUGAAAAAUCACAAAGCCCUCGGACAGACCUCAUCACAGCAGAACUGAUUAAAUAUGGAGGAAAAGAACUACACACUCAGAUACAUAAACUUAUAACUAAAAUUUGGCAAGAAGAAAAAAUCCCAACAGAAUGGGAAACAGCAUUAAUAACCCCAAUACACAAGAAAGGCUCCAAACUUCAGUGCACAAACUACAGAGGAAUCUCCCUAUUAAAUGUUACAUACAAAAUACUGACAAAGCUUAUUGCCAAAAGACUACAAUCUUACUUUGAAGAAAUACUAGGUAAUUACCAAUGUGGAUUCAGGCCUAACAGAUCAACGACUGAUCAGAUUUUCACCAUCAGAUGCCUAUUAGAGAAAGGCUAUGAAUUUAAUAUACCAGUACAUCAACUCUAUGUCGACUAUAAAAUGGCCUAUGACAGCAUCAAAAGAAACUAUUUAUAUGAGACUCUGCAGGAGUUCGGGAUACCCAACAAACUGACAAGGCUAAUACAUGUAACACUAAACAACUCAAAAAGCAAAAAAGGGAUUCAAGGAGAAUAUUCAAGGGAAUUUCAUAUUAGACGAGGUCUAAGACAGGGAGACUCGCUGUCUUGUAUGCUCUUUAACCUAACAUUAGAGAGAGUUAUUAGAAACAUACACAUUGACACUCGAGGAACGAUAACAGGAUACUUUCUGAGGGAAACUCAAGACCCACAACCAACGGGCACACUCUACAACCAACCACUUCAGUAUCUUGCAUAUGCUGAUGACAUAGCACUUCUAGGGAAAAGUAUAAAAGACAUAUCAAAAUCCUUUAUUGAAUUAGAAGACGCAUCUCUACAAGCAGGGCUGGAAGUUAACAACCAAAAAACAAAAUACAUGACCAUGAUAAGAGAGGUUGUUUGUCUACUUUGUUAAUUUUUUAGAAACCAAACUUUUGAAAAAGUAAAUCAAUUCAAAUACCUAGGAUCCUUGUUAAAUGAAAGAAACGAAUUACUAACAGAAAUAAAAGAAAGAAUAUCAGCCGGAAACAGGGCAUACUUCAGUCGUAAGAAAAUACUCAAAAGUAAAAACAUUACAAGAGAAACAAAGAAAACUAUUUAUAAAACUGUGAUCAGACCAGUUGUAACAUAAGCAAGUGAAACUUGGACCCUAACAAAAACAGCAGAAAACCUAUUAAACACAUGGGAGAGGAAAGUUCUCAGGAAAAUAUAUGAGCCAACAAAGGAUGAAUAUGGAUGGAGAAUAUGAACCAACCAGGAAUUAUAGUCUAUAUCAGGAUCUUACCAUAGUGGCAGAAAUAAAAAGAGGCAGGCUACGCUGGGCAGGACACCUAGAGAGAAUGCCAAAUGACAGAGGAACGAAGAGGGUACGUCACCAAUACCCCAGAGGAAAAAGGCUCAAAGGCAGGCCUAGGCUUAGGUGGAUAGAUGAUGUAGAAAAAGAUCUACAACAGCUGAAAGUCCAAGCAUGGAAAAGAAAGGCAUUAGUUAGGUCUGAGUGGAAGGAAGUGGUGAGGCAGGCCAAAGCCCUACAUGGGCUGUAACGCCACAGGGAUGGAUGGAUGGAAGUUGACUCACUGUAAUGCUAGAAUAUUACUUCUUUCUUCUUAUAGGAGAAGAGUUUGGUGGGGGGAGGGGUACUUUGUUGCAGGCUGAACAUUUCGUGCCGACCUCAUAUUCAAAGACGCUUCAAAUUGACAUGUGUACUAUUUAAUAAAUAAAUGCACAUUUCCUGAUACUAUACAAAUUUAGUAUAGCUUGACAGUCUCUAAAUAUAGAAUUUUAACUUAGUUACUUUAAAUAUAAAAAUUAUAUUUAUUAUUAAAAAAUUCUGAUAUUAACAGUGUGUACUAGACCAGAGUCUCCCAAUUUGUUUGCUUUUGUUCCUCAAGAAAGAUAAUAUGCCCCCACCCCCCCCCCCCCCCCCCCCCCCCCCCAACCCCCUUGAGAGUGAUAUGGCCACAUUGAGAACUGUUGUCUUACAUUACUCAGUUUGAUUUAAAUUCGAAGACUCGGUGGGAGGGGGAAUGGGAGAGUGCUUUACUGCAUAGGGAUUUAUGAAAGUAUCAAAACAAAUUUAUUUCAUGUUAUGAACUGAAAAGCACCCUCUCUUUCAUAUACUAGAAGACUGCUAACUAUAACUUCUACCCAUAUAUCUCAUUGCUUAUAAUCUAUCAAGAUGUGAGAAUUGGACAGUGUAAACAAGAUCAACAUGGCCUAUGGUGGCCUCAGUUGUAUCAAAGUUUGAAUUAUUAGGGUUUAAGGAAUAGCAAUAAUAAUUUAGCCCUUUGUAUAUAUGGAAUCCUUCCGUCUUCACGAGACGAUGGAGUAGCUAUUUCUCAGGCAUGGCCGUCCAAUAAGUCUUGUCCCUUCUGCCAACUCUCCAUACAGCAUCUUCUUUCAAAUACGGCCUUACUCCAUUCUCCUUACAUGGCUUAACCUAAAAACGGAGAAAACAUUUUUGCACGUUCCAAUACCUCUGUGAGACACCUUGUCCUGCCAUUGAAUGGGUAAAAUGAAACCUUGACAUCUUUGAUGGAAGUUUUUGAGUUUCCGCUCAUGACUGGUAUAUGUGGUCCACACUUCAAUGCACACAUGCCUGAUAGACACUUAUUUGUGUUAUCAGUGGCUGCCUAAAUAAUUUAUAGUAAAUUAAUGCUUUAGAAAUUAUAUUAAAAAAAUUCUGUUUAUAUCUUGUGCAUCUCUUGAAAAAAGAAGAAGAAAAAAUAACUAUUUGACACAUUUAUUGUAAGCAUUUCAAGCAUUCAUCAGAAGGUCACUUAUUUUUUUGGGAGAAAGGAUUUGUCAGUGAUUGUAGUCUUCUGUCUACUGAUAUGUUAGAUCUUCUCAAUUUUUUUUAUUUCAACUCAUUUGUAAUUUUUUUUCAACUUGUCUUUUGAUAUAACAUUUUAUAUAUAUAUUGAAAAUGUUGAAAGUAAUUAUAGUCUUAACUAUUGUGACACUCUGAUUAUUUUUAAUUUUAAGAACCUUUAGCGAGCAACAUUUGGCAGGCUUUUUACACUUUAUGUUACGCACUGGCUUCUAUUGUGAGAACUUAAUCUCUUAUUUUAAUUGUAUGGCUCGUUCAAAACAGUGCAUAACAAAAGGACGAUACCAUAGAGAAAUACAAUAGUAAAGAUACGACACUGAAAAACAGCACUAACCACAAUUAAUAAUACUUAUUUAAGUAAUUACAAAACAAAAGAAAAUAUAAUUACAAAUUAUCAACUUACAGAAUAACACAGUUAGUACAAUGUGCCAAUUAAUAAUGUACAAUGACGAAUGUGAAUAACUACAUUAUGAGGACACAAAGAAUAAUAACACUUGUAUCGUAAAGUUAAAAAUAUCUAUCUGAAUCUCUCUCGAUGAAUCUCUGAAUCCCCUUUUUAUAUCUGUGCAUCGGUAGAACCAACGCUUCUAGAAAUGUUGUUAUCUUUCUAGUCAAUUAUUGAAGUUUCCCCAAAAUUCUAUUAGAAUAUACUAGUUAUUUUUAGUUGAUAGUUGUGGAAAACAACGGCUAGAUGAAAGGAAAAAUGGGCCACACUCAAUGCGAACGCCGUCUCAUGUGGGGUCAACCAGAGUGCACGGCACGAGGAAAGUGGUGUAAACAUGUUCUACAUAACACUUUACCUCUGAUGGUAAUGUGACAUUAACAUCUCCUGAUUUGAGUCCCAUGUUGUUUUAAAAGUACUUACAAUUUUAGAUAUCCAGAUUGUUUCCUAUUCAAGCAACUCCUUGUCUGAACUGAUUAAUUAAAUGUUUCUAACUACAGACACCUAACUAAUGUGCUGACUAAGUUAUUUUAGACUUAUUACAACAUAAAAUUUUAAUGGAAUUUGCAUGUGAAGUUGGCUACUAAUAAUAAUAAUAAGCUUUUUUUUUACUUUCAACAGUUUAUGUAUUGCAUAAUUUAGGAAAGAAAAUAAAAACGCUACCUUUCUCUUUAAGCAAAGUAACAUAGUCUUUUUAAUGUAGUGUUUCCUCUAUUUUUAGGUGUUCUUGGCGAGUUGGUAGAAAUGAAGAUUGUUGAAGAGCCCUCAAGUUUUGGGUAAGACAUGCUAAUUAAAUUAAUAAACUCAGGAACUCAGAAAAUAAAUAAACUAUUAUAAAAAUAUGAUAUAUACACUAAAAAAAAUAUAAAAAAAUUGUAUCAUAUCUAAGUUUUAAAAAUAAAAACAUUCAGAAAAAUUUAAAGAAUGAAUUAACAAUUUCUUCCGCAAUUAUUUUAAAUACCCGGUAGCAAAAAAAAUCUUAAUAUUAAUAUAUGUUUGCUGCUUAUAAAGGCAGAUCUAGUGGUUUCAUUCAGCCCAGGCUAUUGGGAUGAAUCGGCCCAGAACUUGUUGACCCAUUAUGGGGAAAGUUAAAUAGGUCAUUCUCUCUGCUAUAAAUUUAAAUAAAUUUAUUAGUCUCUAAAACAAUGAAAAACAGAAUUGUGAGAUAACAAAAAAUAAUAUCAUAGAAUGGAUCAUAGGUUUUAUCUCGCUAAGGUUUCUCAGGCCAUCAAUCUUUUGUCCCUUUGACAAGUUUUCUGCAAUAUCUGGCUUAAAAUUUCAUCAAAAUAAGCCUCCAAUUUGAUUCCAGGUAAAGUUCACUUCAAUAAACUUUUUAUAAAUUUCUAUUUCGAGAAACUUCGUUUGCAUGAAACUUGGAAUGCUGGAAGAGUCAAUAAAUAUUUAUAGCAAAUAAACAGUACACCAUAUGCAACAAAAUACACUUUUUCAAUAUGAUGUAGCAGAAUAAGACAUAAUUCUAAAAGGUACCUUUGUAUUCUGUAGUCAUGUUUGGUUUGAAAAAUUCUAGAUCCAUUUCCCCAUUGUUUUCCAUAUAGCCCUCUUCAUUAUUUAUUACUUUUAUACUAAUUUAUGUGUCUUCUGUAAGACCUUUCUUCAGAUUGUACAAUUUAAUAAAAGCAAAAUCUAGAAGUUCUUAGCAAAUUCAAGUUGCUUUGGCAUUGAUUCCCAAAAUUCUGUUGCCCGAAAGGUUGUCAGUGCCGGCUGGGCAUCAUUUCUAACUCAGUUCAAAGAAGAGUCAGUGUUUAAUCUUUUUACUAACAAAAUUUACCUGGGUAAAUCCUGCUCUUUUCCAGAGUGAAAAAAAAACAUUGUGGUAAUUAUUGCUCUAUUCUGUUAAGUAAAUAUCAAGCACAUCCUUUUAGCUUAUCCAAGGUUGUUAAAACAUUUCAUUUAGUAAAAAAGUUUUUUUCAAAGAAGUUUGACAAAAAAUGAAUUAUUUUUUAGGGUAAGGUUGGUAGGACUUAAUUUUCUUAAAAGCAACUUAGCAAGAUGGAAAAAAAACAACACAUUAUUAAGAAUGAACUUGCUGUUGUGAAUUUAUUUUAAAUACAAAAUUAUCUGGAAAUAUAAAUGUAAUCCAAAUAUUUUACCAUAUCCUAUUUUCCAACCACUUAUUUUUUAAAAAUAACUGUUAUAGUAGAACUGAUAACAAACUGUCUUUCAGUCAUGAAUUUAUGUUUACUAUUAGACUUAGUAUACUAAAAGAAAAGGAGCUGCUUACAUUCUUAGUACACUCUUACAAGUCUUCAAUGAGUCAUAAUAUAUGUUCAUAAUCCUCAAAUAGUUCCUUAAUCUCAAACUAUUUAGUCCAGCUUUACUCGGCUUAAGUUAAAAAUUUAAAUGAACCAGAUUUAAAAAAAAUUAAUUUCCCAUUUUUUUAGACUCAACAAUGUCUACAGUCAGCAGAGCCACACCCAAAGUGAAGAAACCCUCAAGCUAAGAGUACAGCCAGCUAACUUUUCAGGACCACCUCACUUCAAAAGACUUAUUGGACGCUGCUUCACCUCUACGAUCAAUGAGUAGGCAUUAUAUUUCCUAAUGUUUCUUGUAAAUACAUUGUUUCUUUAUCAAAUAAAUUUGGAAUAACUUUGUUUUAUGCACGCUAGAUUAUAAGGAUGCACUUUAUCAAGACUUAUACAUGAACAGAAGUGGGUCAUAUAAAAUAUAAAAACCCCAAAUAAUUACAGUUAAAUGUUUUUUAUUAGUUUUCAAAUUUUUUUACAUUUUUUUUUAUAUACAAUCUUUUACCCUUUUAAAAAUGUCUGGAUUAUUAAUGAGUCCAGGCACAAAAACAUUGCGAAUCCCCUCUCCAUACAUAGGAGCCAGAAUGAUCAAUACAUUGAUCUCGGGCCCUUAAUAUAUAGAAGAAUAUUUGAUUUUAUCACCAUUGCGUUAGUUUUAUUGUCAGUUUGAAUUUUUAGGAGCAUUGGUCUCACCAUCUGCCUUAUUGUGAACCAAGGUUGCAAAAUAUUAUUUACAGCAGAGAGGUGUAAAUUCUAUUUUAAGAUCAAAAAGCUUGAAGAUAGCAGUAUGUCUCUUUAAGUAAUUGCUGAGAGGGAAGAACAUGCUGCACAUUUGUCACCUUUCAGAUCCUCAGUUUUACUACUUUGUCCUUCCAACAAAUUCGCUGCAGAAAUUUAAGUGGAAGCUACUGAAUGACUGCUCUUUGGUGGCAUAAGUGGUCUAACUUUACUGAGCAUGUAUGCCUGGUAGUCGCUCCGUUUUGUCCUUUAUUUUAGUUUAGAAUUGUUCCACACCAGCUUGUUUAAUCUGGCCAUAUAUGUGAUUUUUUAAUUUAUUAUUUACUACUAAAGGUUACUUACGAAUUUUACUUCAAUAAGUUUAUUUGAGAAUGAUUCCCAUAAUAGCUGUGUACAUAGAUACCACCUACCACACACAUUUGAGAUCAAGGUAACUUUUAAUGACUUUGGUUUUAAGUUUCAUUUUUUUUCAUAUUGAAUGCAAAAUAUUUUUGCUGAUCAGCGGCACCAUUUGAAAGUGUGCAAAAUUCUUUGAGCAAAAACCAUGUAUCAUAUCCUGUUUGAGAUACACAUGAGAAGAGACCAAACGGAAUUGUCAAAAAGAUGGAGAAUUCUAUCAUAUUGCAUGUUUGCAGUAAUAAGACUGCAUAUUUAGUUCUGUUAUUAUUAACUGCUCACAAACUGUAUUCUGUUAGAAUUAGAAUGAACAAAAUUUGCUUUAACAAACAUUUUUUUUAUAACAUUAUAGAGAUAUAAUGUUAAAAAAAAUAAUGAACAUCGUAUGUCCACUGCCGAAAGGGUAAUAAUGAUUAUGAUAUUAUUAUUAUUUUUGGGGUCUGUUUUCACACCCUAAAUUAAAUGUCAUACAAUAAUUCUUUAACUUGUCAUUUUUUACAAAUCAUUAUUAAUCUCUUAAUCAUUUGUAUAGACCAGGGGUCUCCAAACUUUUCAGUCCGAGGGUGGCAUUAACUAUCAAACAGCAGUUCGGGGGCUGACUACACACUCAAGGUCCAAAUAAAAAAGAAUCAAAACAUGGAUGUCGUUUUUAAUUAUUUAUUUAAUAUUAUUUUAUUUAGUUAUUAUGUAAUAACUCAUUGAUAAACUACACAUGAACACCUGUAUUAGUGGGAAUGGUGAAACUGUUUCCUGGAUGCCAAAAUAGCAUUAGAUUUAAUGUUCCUAACACUAACAUCAACAUUGACCUGAGGUUAUCAUCGGACAAGUUUGUUCUCAAAUUGCUCUUCACGCGUUUCAUUUUUGAAAAUGUUUGUUCACACAGGUAUGUUGUUCCAAAGAUUGAAAGGUACCUUGAUGCAAAAAUUUUGACAUUAGGAAAAAACUUGGUUAAAACCUACCAGUUCUUCUUUGAACUUGUACCUAAGGAGGUCAUUUGCUUGCAACUCAAUGACCUCCAGCUGCAGUUCAUCUGGGCAACUGGCCACAUCUGCUUCAAAUGGGUUUUGAAACAGUCUCACUUCUUCUGCCUUUGAAUCCAAGUCAGAAAAACACUGCUGAAACUACAGCUGGGGGUCUUUGAUGAUCUCACAUGCAAAUGACGUAGAGAACUCCGCUUUUGCUUCAGUUAUGAUGUCCUUGCACUGCUGAAAAUGCGUCAAGUUGUAAGCUUGUUUUUGUUCCAAAAACAAGAUGAGUUUGUAUCUGAAGGCCUUUAGGUGGGUGUAUAGAUCAGAAACUAGAUUUUCAUCUCCUUGUAGUUUUAGGUUCAGAAAAUUUAAAUAACGAGUUAUGUCUGGAGCAAAGGCAAAUUUCCAUACCCCCUCUUCAUCAGACAGUAAUGGCUGUGGCUUGCCUUUACUCACCAGGAAGUCACCUAUUUCCUUACUUAACUUAAAUACUCUGCUCAGAACGUUCUCACAACUUACUCAUUGUAUCUUUCAACUGUCUAUGGUUGAGACCAUGUGACCUUAAUGAUUAACCAUCCUCACCACAGGAUUCAGUGCACUGCUGAUGUCCACAUAUUUAGCACACAAAGCUUGAUGGUCAAUAAUAGAUUAAUUAGACACGAACAAUUUGUGUCAAUAUAGCAAUAUAUGCUAAGCUUUAAUAAUAAUUUACAUAAUACGCAAACAUUUCGGCACAUGCCUUCAUCAGUAUAACAACUAAACCUUUGUAUAAGUAUAAAUUAAAUUUACAUAAUAUAUAUAUACAUAUAUCCUACCUAAAAUAAGAGAAAAAAUAACAGUGGGUGCAAAAACCAGACAGAAACAAAGUAAAUAAUACAGUGCAGGAACAUUGGUUGUAGAAUGCUUCACAAUCAGACGCUAACUGACAACAACACCUCCUCAUCGCAGCAGUCAACCAAUACUGGAAAACUGUGAUCAAAAUAAUCAAGUCUUGAACAAGCAACAAAGCAUUUAAAAACUCUGCCACUAGAUGGCGUUAUAACAUCUAAUUGACUGUGAACUGCGCGCUUCUAUUUUAAUUAGAUAAAAACAUGACGUCCAUGUAAACAGCGGCUGAUUUGGCAGGAUACACAUAAAUUUCUGUUAUUUUUUUUUCUGUAGACAUAAAGUUCUCCACGGGCCGGAUGACAGGGCCUUGCGGGCCGUAUUUUGGAGACCCCUGGUAUAGACCUUAGGUGAUGAUUUUUCAUGUCUUUAAAAAUAAAUGAAAUUUUAUUUAAUAAAAUUGUCUUUUUGUUCAUUAACAGUUAUAAAUACAAGUUUUGUCCAUUUUCCAACAUAACUCAGUAUGAACAAGGCCUUCACUGGAACCCUUACAAAGGAGUGCUAGGGUAGGUUUAAACAAUUUUUUUUGAUAGAAUGAAAAUAUGAAAAUUUAGUAGACUUUCAGCAGUAAAUAUGCUCAUGAGCCGGCUGUUUGUUCAAUAUUUUUUUAUAAAUAACAUGACAUUUUAUGAUUGGCACUAUUUUUUAUCUUAAUAAUAUUAAUUUUGUAUGUCAUAGGUUAUAUUUUCUAAUAUACAUAAAUGUUCAAUUAAAUUUGCAGUGUGUGGCAAGAGUGGGAAAUAGUGAAUAAUUCCUAUGUUGCUAUGUUAAUGAAAGAUGGCGAUCAUUGUGGCAGUAUUUUCAGAUCUGUUCGGGUAAGCUUCCACACAGUUUUUUUAAUUAGAUUUAUUUAAGCAUUAUUUAAUUCUUAUCAAAGCUGCAUUUAUCGCUUUACUAUUUAUAUGAUCAAUAGUACUUAACAUUUAUCUAUUUACUAUUCAUACAACACAUGCCAAAAUAAAUGUUAUACAUUUUAAUGUGUAUAUUUAGCCACUGAUUUAAAAUAUGGCACCAGUUCCUUCUUUCCCCUUUUCAGUUCUAGUUUUUGAGAUAAUUAACUGCUCCAUCUUAGUGAGGUUGGGAUCUGCCAGGACGAUCCCGCUUAAGAUUUAAACAAGAGUCUGCCAUCAUGUUUGUGUUACAUCUACCUUGGUAUUUGGUUUAAGUUACAUGUAUAGGCCAUUGUCAUCAUUGGUGAAAUCUUUCACCUCACUCUUUGCUUAAAUGCAGACCUGUUUACCCUUAAGAUUUUGGCGUAAAAUACAUGAUUUUGAGAUGUCUUUUACGAUUGUACGCCAAAACUUGUCAGAACUACGAUUUUAAUAGACCGGGUGGAAAAUAUAUACAUUACGGUAGUUUUUUCAGAUUAGAAAAAAAUUAAUUAAACAGUAUAAUUUCGGUUGUUAGUUUUAACUUGCAUUUGCAUUCUACAUCCAGCAGUGAAUUUAUCAAGAAAUAUGAUUGGUUGGGGACCAUCUAUAGUUAUAUUAGGUUUGCCCAGAGAGGUAAAAGGAGUGGUGUUGAUUUAAGAAAUUUUUUUACAUGGGGGACGGGUCUAAAUAUUUAAAUCUAUAAAAUUAACACAGCCACAUUUUUGUAAUGAAAGUAUGUGUGGGUUGGGGGGGUUCUUGGCCCAAAUUAUGUGCGUUAUUCAAAAAUUCUAUAAUAUUCAUCCCGAAACUCUGAAAGUUCCAAAGUAACAUAUUGAUAUCUCAGAUGCUGUAAAAUAUCAUCUGAUGUUUAGUAGGAAUUAUGGACGUGAUGAUGCCAUUUAUUUUAACAAAUGAACUCGGUAGCUAUACUCAGAUAGUACUCAGUAGUAGAGAUAUUACAGUAAUAUUUAUUCCACGGUAUGUUCAACAAACAUGUGACGUAAAAAUUGAUGGGUUACGUAUGCCAGUGGUUUUAAAAUUUUUGUUUCCCGGCACAGGGGGUGGAUGACGUAAUUUUGUGACAUAAUUAUUUCUUAUGACUGACAGCAGACAGUACAGAUAUGGAGAAAACUAGAGAAUGCAUUCUUAACUGUUCAGCGAAGCAAUAUUAGAUUUCAACAUAUUUUAUAGGAUCUGAGAGGGCCUUUGAAAUUUAUUUUUAGAACAUACAAAGCAGCUGUACGAUUUUAAACACCCCCUCUUCCAUUGACCCUUUUACGGCUUGUGAUCAUAAUCAGACUGUAAUAUUUUAAUGGGAAAUAGGAAUAAUGGAUAUUAUUGAUUCUUUUUUUUUUUUUUUAACAGCUUUUCCUAAAAAGUAAAUCUCAAGUAACUUGAUUGUUUUUUUUGUAAAUGAAGCCCUAAUUUGUUUGUUAAUAAAUUCUUAUUUUAAUAAAUUUUAUUUUACCUGAUCUGACUUUGAGUUUGAACCACGUUAAAUUUCACCAGCAACUUUAUUUUUACCAGUGAUGGACUGUGAUAAUGUAAUCUGCAUGUUCACCUUAAUAUAAUUGAUAAUAUAUAUCAGAUACACAUCUGCAAAACAAAGUGAGCACAGAUAGCAAUAUAAACGUCAGUCAUCUACUUUUUACCAUCAUUUACCCUUUUUGAUGCCAGCUUAACUUGAUUCCACUGGACAUGCGAUGCUAGUGGUUAUUGUAUACAUUAUUUAUGUUGUAUUUUUAUUUAUUUACUAUUAAAAUACUGCAGUGUACAAUUUUGAGACAAUAUUGUCCGAUUUUUGGAGUUUGGUGGUUAACAGGUCUGAAAAUGACCUAUUUUCUCCAGAAAGCCAUCUAAGUUACAGCAAGAAAGUUUUAUAACAAAAACAAAUUAAGACAAGUGGGGCAUUUAAAAGUUUUCUGAUAUUUGGAUCAUACAAAAUUCAAGCUUUUGCUUCUCUUUGGUAAAAUCCAGGUAUCUUAUAGGCCACAUAUUUAAUGCAUGAUCAUCUUUGUAAACCAAGAAAAAAAUUAACCAUUGUGAAUUCUACACAAAUCACCCAUCCUUGCUUUUGUAAUUUAUCUUGUGACAUAAUUAUUUCUUAUGACUGACUGCAUUUCUCUAUAAAGUGGUCACAGGGCUAAUGCCAGCCAUUCCAACUAACACGUAUCUAACCCCGCAGAAGCAAGGUCGCUUAAUCAGAGCCAAAUGCCCAAUAAACACUGACUUCACCUCUGACAACUCCAUGAGCAGUUACAUCCGAAACAAAAGUAAAUGCUUCACUGUGCCUCGGUGUAACACAGUUCAAUAUAAACAAUAAUUCUUCCAACGAACAAUAAUUGCUUGGAACCAACUGGACAAUGCCGCCGUGGACUCAACAUCAAUCGAGAGUUUCAAGGCUGCCUUGGCAACCGCUAGAAGCCGUUAGGAAAGCAGCAUCGUUUCCAAAACCGUUGCACAUAUGUCAGUACUUGGUUGCAGCAACGUAGUCUAUCAGAAUCUUUUCAAAGUCUAUAUAGAUAGCCUUGUAUUUCAUUCUUCUUUCAUCCUGGUGGAUUAACUGAUUUGAAUAUAGCCAUAUUUGUUGUUAUUAUUUUGAAAUACACAUUUCAAACUAUGGCUUGAACAGUAAGUUAAAAGAAGCCACUCAGUUGGUUUAUUCUAAAGACCAAACCUCUUCAGACAGUUCCUGAUGACUUUGAAUAAUACUAAGCAUACUAAGUUUUUUUUUUCUGUAAUGAUUGAAACAAAAUUCUUUCCUCUUCUUCCAUAAACUAUAAUGUUUGUUCCAAGCUAAAAUACAUGUUUUCCUUAAGUCUGAUGUGCUUUUUAAAGUUUUAAGGAUAUCAAUACAACUGCCCCUAAUUUCUCUAUAUGUUAUGAUAUAAAAGCAUGAAAAAACAUAUAAAAAUUGGUUUAGAAAUUUGGGCGCAAUGAGAAAACCCCUUUGUCUUAGCCAUUAGACAUUGGAAGUCGUGGGCUUGAACCAAAUUCACAUCCGCCAUAUUGGAACCCACGUAUCCACCAUCUUGUACAAUGGCAGAGAUUGAGGCAACAAACAAAGGACAAGUUGGCUACAGGGUUUAAGAUCAUCCAUAAAAGCCGGGGACUUAGUUCGAACAAAUUCAUACUUUGUUCAAAUGCAAACUUGCACUCUAGAACAUAACAGGUAUUCUGACCACACAGCGAAACGCUCAUUAAUUGAAGAGCUAUUCUGAUUAUACGAUGAUUUACUCAAGAACAUUACAACUAUUUUGACCAAAGAAUGAUUCACUCAAAAACCUUUAAGCAUUUCUGACCACACAAUGAUUCACUCAAGAAUGUAUAAAAUGAGAAAAAAAGUAGGGUCAAACCUGAAAAAAGGAAUGCAACAAAACAACGAACAUGUCGGCAGUAUAUGGCGGAUGUGAAUUUUGCUGCCCACGGAUACUACCUCUAAGCUAAGUGCUAUUUUUUAUUUUAAACUGUUUUUUCUGUUGUUUUGUCUGCUGAUGAAGGCUUCUUGUCGACACGUUCGUUGUUUUGUUGCGUUCCUUUUUUUCAGGUUUAACCCUACUUUGUUUUUCUCAUUUUAUAUUGUGCUAACCUGAUUGCAGUCUCUCCCCUUAUUAUUCACAAAUGUAACAGCUUUUCUGACCACACAAUGAUUCCUUCAAGAACUUAAUAGCUAUUUUGAUCACACAAUUGAUUCACCAAACGCUUUGCUGCUGACCAAUUAUGGGAAACAGCAAAUUCUCAAGGGCUUUCUUAAACAAUGUGUGCAAUGCAAUAAAAACAUUUCCAUUUAUUUGGAUUAAUAAAAGCAUCUUAUGUUAUCUUAUAUUAGGAACUGUGAAAGCUAAUGGUAUUUUGCAAGUUUAGAAUUUUUAGUUUGGCCACAAUUAUAGCCAUCCUGGGCCACAUGCAACCAGUGAGUUGGACACCCCUGUUCUUAGUAGAGUAUCAAACUUCAAUAUAUAAAGAAUAAAAAAUCGAAAUGAACACAAAAAAGAAACAUGCUAAGAAAAAGCAUUUAAACAUUUGAUAUAGAUGCUGAGCAGGCAAAAGUUUUAAUUGGAUUUCCUGUUCAGAUUUUUCCAACAAAGUAGUGGCUCUUAUUAAUUACCAAAUAAAACAUUAUCAAAUCUACUUUUGAUUCUCACAUUAGGUCCUAAGAUAAAGUAAAUUAGUGCUGUGAAUGAUUUCCAUAAUAGCUAUAAAAUAAUUAAUGUACAUACUGCUUAACAGAAAUUGAGAAACCAUAUAAUCUCUAUUGCUAUGUUUAGAUACCAUGCUAAUCAAUGGUCACUAAACAGUUUUAAACUUCUUUUAUAAGAUAUUAAUUUGAACUUAGACUUAGAGGUAAAUAAAGGUUCUUAUUUAUGAAGCCAAUUGACUGUGUGCUUUUUUUUAAUAGGAUAAGAUGGGAUAGAUUCUGUUAUUGCUCUAAAUAAAUAUAAAUGUUUUUUAUUACAUUUUACUUAUUUAUUUGCAGCUCAUAGAGAAAUAUUCUAACAAUGACAAACAUUUUAAACAAAAAAAAUUUAAACACAUGACAUUAAAUUAUUUCUCAAGCACAUAAAUCAUGUCGUAGGCCAUGUAACUUCACUCCCAUAGUGACAAUAUUGACUUUCACUUUCAAGGUGAUUAUUUAUAUUUUACCAGGGAAAACCAGAUACUCAUUGUUUAUGGAAUUGCAGAUUUCUAAUUCCAGGUACAAAAUACUUGAAAAAUUGUUGAUAAUUGAUCUGUAGGUAUUUAUGUAAUCCUUUCUAGGUUAAAUUUCUCUGUUUUAAUUUUCUUAUUCUUUCCAGUUCUCAUUUAUUUAUGUAUUAUUUUGUAAUCUUAACCAGGUAACAUUUAUCUGUGGGAACCAUAGUGACAUAAUUAAUGCUAGUGAGCCCCAAACGUGCAAUUAUCACAUUGUGUUUAUGACCCCCCUUGUCUGCCACACUAAUUCUAUGAAAGUCUACCCAACUCUGAGCAAAAGUCUUCAAGGAGAAUGGGAGCAUCUAGAAGUACAAAUGGCCAGAGGGGAACUAACUUUAAAGGUAGAAGCAAGCUUAUUAAAAAAAUAUUACAAGUCUUGAUUAUCAAAUUUAUUCAAUAUGUUCAAUUUCUCUUCAUUUCUAAAUUUUGCCAGUUUUAUGUUAAAAAAAUAUCUUUCUACAUCCUUUAAAAUGGGUUCAGCCUUUUUUUUCUUCUAUAUGUUUAAAACUGUUAAAAGAUGGAGUCAGCCUGUAUCAUAAUAACCUCCAUUACGAUUUUUAAUCAUAAACCUUUAAAAAGUCAAGAAAUAUUAAUAGUGAAUUAAUGAAAGUUCUUAUAAAAGGACUAGUGUUUCAUUCUGGUGUCUUUCAUCAAAGGACAUCCACAAAAAGGGGGAGGGGGGAAAUGUACAAAUGCAGAAAAGGUGGGGAGAUGUAUAAGAUCUUAUUUAAGUUAGCAUUUUUUUUUUGCUGCUUGAGCCAACUGUAUAUAUUAAACAUUUUUUGAUGGCUCUAUUUAUGGCUGAUUUAUUUGCAAAAUAAUUAUUAUCUUCAACCACCAAGAAGUUACUACAAACUUCUAGAGGGAGAUCACUCUUAAUAUUUGGUUGAUAAUUAUCAGCAAAUGUAACCAAUGCGAGUUAGGGAUUAAAAAUUUGUUUCUCUAAAUUUCAGGUCUGUUUUACUUAGUCUAAUCAUUUAUGUUAAUUUUAAAGUUUGCUCUUUAUAAUAGUUAUUAUACGUCCUGGCUUUCAAAGUGUAUAAUGUUUUAUGUGGAUGUCCGCAACAUAGGUGAUUGGCUGUGGUUGGCGGAUGGAAAAGAAGUACAUUUUUUGCGCACUUCCAACAACCCCUCUCACUAAUACAUUUUUCAAGGAUGUUUGUUGCAGAAGGAAGAAAUAUUAAUUUUUAAUAGCAAGAAAUUAAAUCUGCAUCACACAUGAAAUUAAAAGCUAUUUUUUCCACUACACUAAUCAAGUCAAAUAUGGUACAUUUCUUCCUUCUUAUUUUUUAUAUCUUGUAGUUGUACCCAACAAGUGCAUAAUACCGCAUAGAAUGCGAGAAAUUUGGGGUAAAAAUGCUACUUAAUGUCAGGGAUUGAUCUGCAUAAUUAUAACUUAAAGCUUCUUCUUCAUUAACAGUUUAUAUUUAAACAUUACAGCAAGAAAAUCAGUGAAUGCUUUCCUCUUUGCUUUUUGGGCAUUAUUUACUUCUGGACAAAUGGCAAUUAUGAAAUGAAAUAACAUCUUUAAUGUCAAAUUUUGAGUUUUUUACUUCAAUGAAUAGCAAUUGUAUAAAAGAUGAACUAAGAUGAUUAAUUUGAUAGCAAUUUAAAUUCUAAUUGAUGAUAAUUCAUUGGUUAAUUAUGCUAACGCUAGUAAUACAAAUUUCUGUAAGUGAACUGAAUUUAAAUUUCAGUGAAAUAAAUAUUGUCCGUCUUGACAAAGCUAUUGAGUUUACUGGCUUAUUACCUUAUGUUUCCCCAUUCAGGGGCAAAAAGUCAUGUUACAAGAUCAACAGAUCAUGUUAUACGGGGACAUGGCAUUUAUGGGAUUUUUAAAAACUAAAGCUAGAGGUUUGCAUUACAUGUUGAUUGUAUUAAAUGCAUGAAAAUAUGAUAGUUAAUGUGUUGUUAAAGUUUUAUCUUUACACUAUGACACAGAUACUAUCCUUGCAAGUAUCCUCUGGGGGAGUGGGGGGGGGGGGGGUUGGGAAUGAAAGUUAAAAAAAAAAUUUAAAAUAAAAAUAAAAAUUGAGAUAUCUUUUGAAAUGGAAUUAAAGUUUUCAAAAAGUGAUUGAGUCUGUUAUUAUGGAUAGUUAGGAAGUUUAAAAAGAUUAAUAAGAAGGCACUGAAGGUUCUAGUUUAUUUUCCAGCCCUUCACAAGCAGAACUUACUCAACUUAUUAAGGUAAAAAUAACAAAUAAGUGUAAUUAAUUGAUUAUUUUGGUGGUUAUAUUCCAUGAGAGGGGGUUUCUUGGGAAGAUGUGCUAUGUUAUUAAAGUAUGCUGUUAUGUAAAUAUUCUUUUCCUUCUAACAGGGAUACCAAAAGGGAUUAAGUUUAAUUUUUGAGAAAGCAGGAAUUUACUUGAGUAAGGAGAGACACUCUGCUUUAUUAAAAAAAGCAGAACAGACAGAGAAAGCUAAAAUUAAGGAUGGGGAUUUUGACAGCUUGGAAACAUGUAAAAUUGUAAGUGUCUACUCAACAACUCAAUGUCAUUGUAUAAUUACCUAUUUUAAAGUAUGAAAUGGUACAUGAUUUUGUUGGACAUGUUAGAUGAAUAUGUUACUUUAUGAUGAUUUUCAGAUUUAAGUUGUGGUCACAACUGCAAAAAGCAUUUUAAAAUAUUGAAGUUUACUCUAUAUCAAUCUAUUUCACAGGAAUUCAAGAAAGUUCAAGAAAAAUAUAGAAAUCUUGUAUCUCAACUUGCUUUUGAAGGUAAAGAGCUUGGUUAUUAUUAUAUAACUCAAAGUCCUGUGGCUAAAAAUAUCUACAUACACAACCAAAAUAUGCUACAUAGUUUUUUAAUGCUAAUUUUAGUUUUUAUUUAUGUUUAAUCUGUUUGCGCCAAAGUUGUCAUUGUCUUUUAUGUGUUUGUUCUUUGUCAUUUACUUGGUUAAACCUUAAAUAGUCCUCCCCUCAGUGAUGCUUAACUACAUCCUAAAAGUACUGCAGUAUUGCUCUUAAAGCUAAUUUUAAUGUUACUUUUUGUUACAAUAAUACUUUAAAAAAAUUAAACCUAAGGAGCAUAAGAGAUCUCAGUUCCUUAACGCUCUGUAUGGGGUGCAUGCCUUGGUUAAUUUUUAGGGCCAGGUGAAAUUAUAUAUGCCCAACUAAAAACUCCGUCAAUAUUUUUUCAAAUGAACCAUUAAUUUCCGUUGUCCUUUUUCUUACAUAUUCUCAUAAAUGCCUGUAUAAACAUAUUACACCAAUAAAACAACUCAACUCCGAGGGCCUAACUAUACUCCCGUACAUUUAAAAGAAAUAGAUCAAACCACCUAGGACACUGCAGGUAUUGCUCAAGCCAGUGACACAAUGCAGUGGAGUAUCUAGAAGUGGUGACACCUGUAGCAACCUUUGAUUAUGCAACCCUCUCACUCAAGCUAACAAUAAAACAUGAAGACACAUCCAACUCUAGCCAUAAUGAGUAUACUCAGUGACCAGAAAUAACUCCCUCUAUCACCCUGUGCUCUAACAAAGUGACCUCACUUGAGAGUUAACACACUACUCCCACCCUGUUUCCACAUUUUAAAAAAUAUACGCUCUCUGUCUCUCAACAGUUACUGUAGGGGCGGAGUUCGUACUGGCCCAGGUGGGUUAAACAAAUUCCAACCCAUUGGCUUGCCUGUCCAUCUGGCAGAUGUGCCAUUGUUAAGGCUAUUUAGACACAAACAAUGAUACAUUGAAGCAUCCCUCUCACUACUCCCAAUUCAAAAAAAUUUUAUUUUAAGUUUUAGUGGGACAAUCAAACAACAAAACACCUAAAAUAAAUUCCUUGCCUAUAGGGUUUUGAGAUUACUUUCCUAACUCAUUAUUUUUACUUUUGUAUCCGGGACCAGGCCGUGACCCGGUCUGCCCUAGUAGCUUUUCACAAAGAUUAUUUGUAUCUAUAUGUGUAUUUGUUAACAUUUCAUAUAUGUACGGUGGAACUCUUCUAUCAAACUCCCAACUUAAUGAAAAUUCGGUUAUAUUAUAAUGUGGUUGUAUCAUGGCUCCUGAGACUUCAGAUAUUCAUUCACACAUAUUAGUUUUUCUGUGGAUCAAAUAUAUACAAGGGCAAAGGCCAUUCAAGAGUUAAAAGAACAACACCUAACUUUUUUAAGUCAUCCUACCAAUAUUUGUUCACAGAUAACAAAGCUACAGCUAAGUUUAAAAUUGGUUUUUCAGAUAACUUUAUUGUAAAAGGCCCCGUCCUCAAUAAGAAUAUUUUAAUUAUCUCCCAAAUAGGGGGCCCAGUCUAAAACGUCAUAAAGUACCAAUUUAAUUAACCCUUUGAAGAUGUAUCACCAAAAUUUGUUUAAAAGUGCAAGAGCUGUGGCCAAUUAAAUUGUGGUUCGAUAGUAAUGGGUUUAAAAUUAAAUACUUAAUUCAUUUUAAAAUGUACUAAUUUAAACUUUCUAGAAACUUCAGAAAUAUUCUUAAUUUAUGUUUCAUAACAUUCAAGUCAAUUCAUAAAAAAGUGUUUAAAACAUAAUAUUGACAUUUGUAAGCUGUUUUAAAAAAAAUUGAAAAAAUCAAACUUCUAGAAAAAUCUAAAAACUUCCUGAAUCUUAUAAAUUGUGGUUUCCCUAACUUGGGUGUUCACACCACCAAGGAUGCAAGAAGGCAUUUUAGGUUGUGUGAGGAAAAGAUUUUAAAAAAACGGGAGCCAUUGAUUUUAAUUAAUUUUUUUUUUUAAAUUGCUCAACAUGAUAUUUUCUGUAAUAAGUCCUAAUGUAUUUUAGAAGUUCUAAAAUUUCUGGUUGGAAUGGAAUAUUGUUACUUUUGUAUGGAGUGCCAGACUAAGUUAAAAAUCUUGAAAGGUUGGAGACUUAGUUAAACCAUUUGGAAUUUCAAAAAGUUUUCAAUAUACAAUCUGUUGAAAUAUAAAAAGAAGUCUAAAAGAACUUUAGGAUGCCUGUAAAAAUAUUUUAAAAAGUUGGCAUUGUACAAAAAUCAAAGCAUUUGUUUCUUCUUCUUUCUGUAAACUUGUAUGAUCUUAAUGAGAAGUAAAAUCAACAAUGAUGAGUGUGCCAUGCAAUAAACUCACAUUAUUAACAGUCUCAUACCACAAUUUUCAUCUGAUGCAGUUAUAAAGAUAUGAUACCAUAAUUUUUUACCUGAGAAUGGCCUUGACUUGAGCUGUAUUUUGUUUUAAGUUAGGAAGAGUUGCUCAGUUUGUUAGCCUCACUCUCUUGUUAGGAAGAGUUGCUCAGUUUGUUAGCCUCACUCUCUUGUCCUUUCCUAUUUCAUCUAAUGGCUAGACAUAGUCAAGACAACUGGAAAUACAACUGGAAUUCAGUAACCAGCACAGUGCUCAUUAUGUGUUCUACACUUCAGAUGUUGUCGGAAUGUUUUAUUGGUUCAUUGUGUCAAUAUCAUAACACCUACAGGACUUCAUCUCCGGGUUUGAUUUCAGAGUUUACCUUCUCUUAGAUGAGUAUCCAUCCAAGGUUAACGAAUCCCAUCUUCCCUGGUUGCUGGUGAAGUUUUUGCUUGUCUGGGCAUUUUCUGGGGAUAGAACUCCAAUCCAAUAGCUUGGGAUUAACUCCGUUUAGGCCUCUAUGCCACCCAGCACCACAUUGUCAUAUGACAUAGUCAUUGAGACGUAAUACCACAUCAUCAAUGUUUAUUCUAGUUAAAUUCCUAAAAUACUUUUAGAAUGUCAAGGUCAUUAAAAGUUAAAUUGUUAAACUUUCUUUAUAUUUUGAGUCUCAUUGGCAUGUCCAAAAGCUCUUACGCCAUCUGGCCUUUAGCUUGAAGUUUCACACCCAGUCUGUUAAGGUAAUGAAGCAAAUCAGUUAUAAUGGACCCUCAAGAAUUAGGAUCUUCCUUUCUAUUUUUUUUUUUAGACUCUAUCUUGUCAUAAAUCAUAAACUAUCUUUUUAAGAAAUCAUUUUCUUGCACUGAAUGCAUCAUUUUGUAAAGCUCAUGUCCAGUCAGACUAACUUACCUAAUGUUAACUGUAGCUUUGUUAUCUCCCUUGUAUUUCAUUUACUGUUUUUUUUAAUCAAUUUAAAAUAGUGUCAGUAGCUCUAUACAUUUACUACACUAAGUCUAUUUUCAAUUGAUACCAGUAUAUUUUUUAAAAAAUUCAGGACCUGAAGAACAUGAAUCAUUUCAAGAUGAAAGAUUUAAAGAUGCUUGAAUCCCCACUGAGUACAACAACACAACUCAGCUAAUCAUCACUGACAUGAAGAGAGCAAAAGGAAACUAAACCAUGAGAUUAUUAUGUUAACAAGGAGGGAAAAGUUUGGAACUUGCAAAGGACAAAAAUAAAAACAGGGACAGGAGCAUGUAAGAACAAAAAGUAGAAUAAUUACUUUGAUGAAGCAAAACAAGAAAUUGACUGAAUGAGAUAUUAUGUUGGCAAAGCAGCUAACAUGGACAGGAAUAGCAAUGAUGCCACCAAAUGAGAAUUCCAGUUUAGUAAAUUCAUUUAAUUUAUUCUAAUUAAUAAUUACUGAUAUUGUCUUAUAAUAGUAGCCCAAUUCAAUGUCAGGUUAAGUGUGCACCUAUAUGUCUGGCAGCCAACUGUUUUACUAUGGGAAGCACCAUUUGCCUGCCUUUUCUUUGUAUCACUAUGUCGGCGGGAAAACCUUUUUUUAUUUAAAAUGAAGCCUUUUUAUAAUUGAAAUCUCUGAGGAAAAUAUGGAGCUGCAAGCUGGGGCCUCAUUAAUUCUUUCAGAGAGCCAGUUUUGGCAGGUUGCCUACCGCUGCAUGGUGACGUACCGUACUUAUUGUUUUGACUGUCAGCUGUUAAGAUGAUGUUAUCUUUUAACAUCUUAUUAAACACAAAAUGUCAGUCAGCCAUCUAGGAUUGUCUUAUCAAGAUUAAUUUUAACACGUUCUGAAUGUAUGUUUAUUUGUAAAGUUAAAGAUGUAUUGCUGUUCGUGCUGGGUAAUGUAUACAAUUAAUUUUUUUAUUUAUUUUUGGUAUUCAUAAAUGAAAUAAAUGAGCUU